ACACACACACACACACACACACACACACUUAUAUAAUGACAGGAUAUAGUCCGAAAACGUGAUUUUGCAUGUUAUUGCAAACAUGCAUUCCUAUGUGCAUGUAAAAUAAUUUCAAUUUUUUUGAGUGUGUACUAACUGUAGCUUUGAUAUAAAACGUACCUCAAUUGAGCACAUUUAAGUUCAAUAAAAAAGCGUGCAUUAUUGGUUAUUAAUCUAGUAUAUUUACGGUAUUGUGACCGGAAGCGACGCAUUUCUGCUGUUUCCCGCCAGGAGGCGCCACGCGGCCCAGAACGCAGAUCCUCCUUUGAGUUGCAUUCAAAUCUGACGACGUUGUUUCAUUGAAGACAUUUGUAUAGAAGGCAUACACAUAUAUGUUAAAGACAAAGACUGGGAUACACCUGGGCUAUAUAAUGAAACCACUGACAGCUUACAAACUAAUAUACAUUUGAAAACAAAAAUAAAUUAAUAAUUAAUAAAAAAAAAUAUAUUUUCUUUUUCUUCUGGUCGCUAAACCGCAUUUCUGUCACCUUCCUGUCAUUCUCGCUGUCAUUCUAUCAGUUUAUUUUGUCUUAUUUAAGAAAAAAUUAUAUAUUUAAAACAGUAAGACGUGAUGAAAUACGCAAAAGAAAAAAAAAGAGUGAUUUAAAAAAUAUAUAAUUAUUUCCCGGCCGCUAAACCCCGCCCAUUCUGUCAUCGUCAUUUCAUUCUCGCGUUCAUCCUGUCUAUUUACUUGGUUUCUUUGAGGAAAUGUAUAUAUCAAACAGACGUGAUGAAAUACGCAAUUAAAAUAAAAUAAAAUAUGAAUGAUAAAAAAAAAAGAUAAUUGUUUCCUGGCCGCUAAACCCCGCCCACUCUGUAAUCGUCCUGUCAUUCUCUUUGUCAUUCUUUCAGUUUAUUCGUUUUUUUAAGAAACUUAUAUAUUUAAAACAGUAAGACGUGAUGAAACACGCAAUUAAAAUAUAAAAAGAGUAAUAAUAAUAAUAUUAAUAAUAAUAAUAAAUAAUUAUUUGCCGAACGCUAAACCCCGCCCACUCUGUCAUCAUCCAGUCAUUCUCUUUGUCAUUCUAUUAGUUUAUUCGUUUGUUUGUUUGUUUGUUUUUUUUAGGAAAUUUAUAUAUUUAAAACAGUUAAACGUGAUGAAACACGCAAUUAAAAUAAAAAGAGUAAUAGUAAUAAUAAUAAGAGAUAAUUAUUUCCCGGCCGCUAAACCCCGCCCACUCUGUCAUCGUCCUGUCAUUCUCGCUCUCAUUCUGUCCGUUUACUCGGUUUCUGAGGCAAUUUGUGGGUUUUUAAACCGCUGGACGCAGCGAUCUAGUUAUUAAGGGUUUAUUUUCGAAGCACAUUCGGUCCUGGACGUUGUUAAUGUAUAAAGCCACGUGUUUUGAUUAGAGAUCAUGUCGUACUGCUCGUUCCAGGCGCAGCUCGUGUCCUUCAUGGAGCUCGUGGCCAAAGCGGCGGAAGCGGAAAUCAGCCGGCGCGUGGACGAGAGCUGCGCGGUCAUCAGACUGGAGCUGACCCGCAGCCGAAGGGACAUCGAUGCCCUCAAGAGGAAGUGCGUGCUUCUGGACGGCGAGCUGAGGAGGGUCAGAGGGCGGGGCAGGAGGAGAGUGUGGUUCAGGACUCAGAGAGACUCCGAUGUGUCUGCGAUCAGAGAUCAGGAGCAGAAUCCAGAUCAGAAUCCAGAUCAGUCUGUCUGUUCACCGGACGAGGGAACCGGAGCUUUAGUGAUUAAACAAGAGCGACAGGAACAAGAAUCCAGCAGCGCUGCUGCAGCGAAUCGUCCCUUCGAUCCCGAGCAGCAGAACAUCCAACAGAUCCAAGCUCAGGAGAACCAUAAACCACUGUUAGGAGGAGCUUCAGAGAUCCCAAACACACACUGCACACAUUCCCAGACGUCCACGGAGCGUCGGAGCGGACCGGGACUCCAGGUUAAAGCUGAGGAGGACGAUGAGGAGCCGAGAGGUCACCUGAGGUUCGCUCAGCUGUGGACAAACACAGAGCCGUCCAGAAACAUGUGUCUGGAUCCCGUGGAGACACAGAUGGAGCUUUACGAGCCUGAACGGAUCGGUGCAGAUGAUGGAGAGACGGGUGCAGGGGUGGAUUCGGGUCCAGCGUUGGCUCGCCGGCUCCGGACUCACUGGCGCUCGAGUGCAGACGUGGAGAAGCGCUUCAGCUGCUCGUACUGCGAGAAGAGCUUCAGUCGCUUCGGGCAGCUGAAGGAGCAUCUGCGCAGUCACACGGGCGAGAAGCCCUUCGCCUGCGCUCAGUGCGGACGCAGCUUCACCAAACACUGCAAUCUGAUCCGGCACGCCGUGGUGCACAGCGGAGAGAAGCCGUACCAGUGCGGUCAGUGCGGGAAACGCUUCACGCAGCGCUCCAGUCUGAAGUCUCACCAGAGGACACACUCGAGCGCGAGGGGUCACAGCUGACAACAGCACAACACAGCAGCUCAUCCACUGUAAAACACACACAGGGACUUCUUUUGUGCUGUUUUAAAUGCACUUUCAAAUUGUAUGUUCAUAUUUUGAUUUCAGAUUGUAUCGAUUGAUGUGUUUUCUGUGUGAUUUGUUAAUUUAUGAUUUGUCUGCAUGAUUGAAUAAAACAUUUGUUACAGUUUGGUAUCAUCUAGUAAACUGGAAAAAAAACAUUUAAUAUGAAAA